AUGAGCUUAAACAACGGUUCCGGUUUCAAGGUCGAGCCUUUCGAUGGCUCGAACUAUGGGUUGUGGAGUUACAAGAUGAAGAUGUACCUGAUGUCGAAGGGGCUGUGGGGCGCGAUCGCGGGCGAUGAGACAAUGAGUGAGGCCAAGGAACAGAAAUCCCACGCCGCGAUCGUGCUUAAUCGGAGCGAUUCGCAGCUGAUGCAUGUCAUCGACUCGGCCACUGCAAGAGAAGUGUGGGGACAUUUGGCGCGGUUUCAUCACAGGCAUGACAUGGCGAAUCGACAUUGGCUGAAAGAACUGUUGGCCUCGUUCAAGUAUGCAGCAUCAAGCAUAAGCGGUCAUGCGAUGGAGCUGGAGGACCUCGUGAUGAAGAUGAAGCGCGCGAACUGCGGUCCAAGUGAAGAAGACGUGUGCGCAGUACUGUUGCAGAGUCUACCUUCAAGCUUCGAGAGCUUGAAUGAGGCUGCACGGGUAGAAGAUGCACCGGCUCUCUACACAAGCACGAGGAAGAGUAAGCAGUACCCGAAGAAGCAAAAAGGACGGCGCGCGAAAGGACCAUCACGGACCUGCAACAACUGUGGCAAGGUCGGACACUACACCAGAGAUUGUCGCUCCGGUCGAGGGCCAAGGGAGCACCAGCAUGACCAGUCGAACGUCGCGUUCAAUGCCUGCGAAGGUUUCGCGAGCGACAGCUGGGUCAUGGACAGUGCGGCGUCAGCACACAUGUGCAAGGAUCGAGAUGCGUUCGAAGAUUACGAAGAAGUGCAUCAUGCGCGAAGUAUCUCAAGCGCAAAAAGCGACGUGAAGCUGAACGUCAUUGGACAUGGGAAAUUGAAGCUGCGCGUCUGGACAGGGAAUGCGUGGGUCGACGCUCGCCUUGAGAACACACUUCACGUUCAAGAUUCGUCCAAGAACCUGUUUUCGCUCACGGCUGCAGCAGCGCGCGGCAUGACAGUGGAGAUAACGCGCAACGAGUGCGUGUGCCACAUAGCCGAAGACGAGACUGAGCUAUGGCAUAGAAGAAUGGGCCACGUGUCGUAUGGUACUCUGAAUGCCAUGGUUAAUGAAGGACGGAUCAAGGGCGCUGCGGUGAAGAGGAACGUUGCUUGUGACGUAUGCGCAACGUCAAAGCAAGUGCGCAAGUCAUUCAAGACCAGUGAAGAAGACGCUGAAACCAGGGAGAGUUCGCGUUCCGACGUGGUGGUGUGCUUCGACGUUCUCGGACCUAUCACGCCAGCGUCUAAGUCUGGUUUCAGUUAG